GCCGCGCCGCGCGUUGCCCCCUGACAGCGACCGCGCCCGACCGCGCGACCAGCCUACCCUCGCCCUCGUCCGAGCCCGACCCUCGCUAGGUAACGUACGAGUGCCCAUCCGCUCCCGACCCCGUGCCCGCUCCCCCGACAUAUGUAGCUACUACCAGACGCUAUCGGUGACAACAGUCGCCGCUACCGCGCUCGUAUCUGAACUAGUACUGGUGUUCGGCGGCAGUGAUCGUGUUCAUCGUGCGUUCCACUCUCGACUGUUCUCAUGCUCUAUUGAACCUUUCAAAUGACAUCAGUAGAUGAAUUCGUGAAUUCAUCAGCAUGGCUUGUAAAGGUGUCGGGGGCGAAGCGCGGGCGCGAGCGGUAUGCGGCCCCUACGGCAGACGCCCAUGGAGGUCGGAUAGCGGCGCGCGCGCCGCCCCCGCGCCCGCUCACCCCGCCUCACCCCGACGACAACAUGGAACUGGUGUCUGUGCCCCGGCACCGACCACUCGCCUUCGAUAAGAUGGAAGCUUUAUUAAAAGAAAUGCAGGAUCCAGAGACCGGUGUUCCGGUGCGGAGUCAAAAAUUAUUUCUUUGCGUCAUACCUGCUGCUUUUCAGGCAUGCGAUCUUAUCGAAUGGCUAAUGUCACGGUUUAAAUCAUUAGAGUCUACCAAUGCUGACGCAUUAGCUUUAGCAAAUCAACUCUGUCAACAUGGUUACUUCUUUCCUGUCAACGAUUUGAAAAACCUUGUGGUCAAAGAUGAUUCUUCUCUUUUUAGAUUUCAAACUCCUUACUACUGGCCAUGGCAAGGCCCACGCGUGGCCGGAGGGGGCUCUUGUGCGCCCACGCUGGGCCCGGACAACGUGGAGUACGCCAUCUACCUCGUCAAACGUACACUACGCAACAAGCAACGCCAUGCCCUAGAAGAGUACGAGCAGGAAGCCCUCGCCAAUCUCAAGAAGAAUCUCGCUGCGAAGUGGGACUUCAUCACAAUGCAGGCCGAGGAACAAGUUCGGUUAGCAAAAGACCGGAAAAAGGGUGAUAAAGUAGUGAGCGACAGUCAAGAACGGGCCUACUGGAGGGUUGCACGACCACCUCCAGGAGUAAACAGCGCGCUCGAACAUUGCCCAGUGCCUGUGAGAACGAGACAACCUAAGCCUAAGAAACGCACUAUUCAACAAAUUACUCGAGAGAUUGAGCAUCUAAAGGCGAGCCUGGAUCGUACGAGAGUGAAGACUUCUAUUGCCCUCGAGGCCCUUAUGGCCUACUCGGAAACCUUCGCUGCGUACGAUUCCAUGCUGACGCCGCCGCUACCCUCUAAUCCUUGGAUCAGCGAAGAUCCAAUCUAUUGGCAGAUCAAUAGCCCAGUUGUGGAGGUGCCAAGUGAAAAGCGCGUACAACGAUGGGCCGUUUCAAUAGAAGAAUUAGUGUCAGACCCUACUGGCCUUCUAGAAUUCACUAGUUUUCUUCGAAAAGAGUAUUCACAUGAGAACAUUCGUUUCUGGCUUGCGGUCAUGGACCUACGGCGCAGUAGUACUAAACAAAUUCCCAAGAAACUUGGAGAUAUUUACGAGGAGUUUCUAAAACCUGGUGCGCCGUGCGAGAUAAACAUUGACGGCGCGACCGCGGAGCGUGUGACCGAGGGCAUCAGGAGUGGUUCCCGGUAUGCCCUGGACCACGCUGCGGACCACGUUUACGGGCUCCUGCUCAAGAAAGACUGCUACCCUCGAUUCAUUCGCUCUGAUCACUUCCAGCGGCUGCUUGCUGAGGGCCGGAACGUGUAUCAGAAAAAAGCGAAAUUUUUCAAUUUCGGCGGGCAAGUGAAGAAGAAGCCCGGCUCGACGAGUGGCAGUGGCGGCAGCAGCGGUGGACCGUUGUCUCGGCGCCGCGGUUCCGACCGCUCGCUGUCUGGCUCGGCGCACGAGCUGGCUGUGUGUGCAGCACAGCCGCCGCCGCGGUCUAACGAGCCACCGCCUCACAGCCACUCGCAAUCCAAUCUGUGCGAAAUAAUCUUCAGGGAUCCGCUAGAUGACGACACGUCGGAUGUACUUCCAUGGGAGAGUUCCUCUCGGGAAUCUUCGUACGGGACUAGGCGGCGGCAGGACUCGACCGCCGACUCCGGCAGCUCAUCCUCGGAUGUCAGUGCGGCGGUGGCCACGAGCGAGCGCAUUAAGCGCCUCCCGCAGCAAAGCACCCUCGAUGGCGGUUUGCGCGGCGCUGCGCCGCCGCUACGCCGCCUGUCGGCCGUGGAGCCACGCCAUCUGGCGCCGCUGGGUUCGCCGCCGCACUCGCCGCGGCUGCCGCGGGUGGCACCCGCGCCUCCUCCUCUGCCGGCACCCGUUUCGGUGCACCACCCCACACCCACCAUCAGCGUUAGCUCGGCGCCGGAUGAGGAAUCGGUGAACUCGCCUACACGCACCGCCUCGCCCGAGGAUCGCCGCUCGCUGGCGCAUUCCGAGGAACCGUCCUCAGUGUUCGCGUCGGCAGACGUCACGCCCACGGAACCGGCCCUCGCCUUCGCUGAUCGGUGUAUGUUGGUCAUCGACGCGGAAACUGCGACCGACGUCGAAGCUGAUCCCAAAACUAAUACUUUAGAUGUUAAUUUGAAAGCGACAUUAGACGACACGGCGACUAUAACCGCGUCUAUAAGCUCGUGUGACGAUUCGCGAACGGAAACGAGGGAAGAAUCGCAUGUCGACUCGCGAGAUGUAUCACACGCGGACUCUAAGGAAGAGUUGACGAGAUCUUCCGAGGAUGAACCUGCGUCCGUGCGCCUCCCGCCAUCCAGGGAAGCGUCUGUGUCGAUAGAGGAUAAGUCGCUGCCGAGUAGGUAUGAACAAAAAAAAGAAGAUUUAGCUUGUCAAAUGGAAAGUGAGUCUGCGAGUGUUGUGAAUAGUGUGGUUCCGAUACCGGAGGCGAAUACAAGGAACGAUCCGGAGGCGCCGGCCACAACGAGUGUUGCCCAGGAGACAGCUGCUACGCAAUCUCCGGGCGCGUCUGCACCGGCGCCAGAGCGUGUGGUAGCGGACACGCCAGCCAGCCCUGUGGCGCCGCUCGCGGUCUGCGAAGACAUCGGCGCAGACGACGACCACGUAGACAAAGUGCCUUCGGUGCCACCGCAGAGAGUCUCCGGAGAUUCCAAGGCGGCGACCGAUUCUAACACGUUGAAAAAAAUUGCUCAUAGAGACGAACUGUCGUCGGUUUCUCAAUCUGAUAUUGUUAAGCGUGAUAGUAAGAGCGGAGUCAGUGAUCGUAAGCAGCGAAACGACAUUUGUCCCUGGGAGGACGAGAAUUCCUGCGACAGUGACGCGCCCUUUGUUAAAACUUAUGCAACGCUCGGUUAUUUAUAAUUUACGUAGGCGAAUGUCGAGACUAUUUUAUGACGUCAGGGUUAUAGACAAAAAUAUUUAAUUUUUUAUCUUAGACCCUAUGUUUCGAUUGUCACAAGAGUUAGCUCUUAAUUGUGUAAUUACGAAUAUAUGAAUAUUUUGAAGUAAA